AUGGCGGCCGCCGGGUCGGAUGCGAAGGUCGAGGCCGACGAGCUGCCCGACUUCGACGAGGCGACCGAUGACAAGGGCGCACGCGAGGACGGGAAGGACGGCGGCGGCCACGGGACGGGCGCCAUCACGGCCUCCGGCUUCAGGGACUUCUUGCUCAGGCCAGAGCUCAUGAAGGCCCUCGUGGCGUGCGGCUUCGAGCACCCUUCCGAGGUGCAACACGCCUGCAUUCCGCAAGCGAUGCUCGGGACCGACAUUCUCUGCCAGGCCAAGUCUGGCAUGGGAAAGACGCACAUGCCAGAGGACCUAGAUGCAUCCACCCAGGAGACUGUCUCGGUUUUGGUCUUGUGCCACACGCGGGAGCUCGCGUACCAGAUCCAGCACGAGUUCAAGCGUCUAGGACAGUUCGUCAAGAAGAUCAAGAUUAGUGCAGUUUUCGGUGGCCACCCCAUCGAUAAGGACAAAGAGAUGCUCAAGAACGGCUGCCACGUGUUGGUGGGGACGCCUGGGCGCGUACUACAGCUCGUGCGGGAGGAGGCUCUGAAGCUCGACAAUCUGAAGCGCUUCAUUUUGGACGAGUGCGACAGAUGUAUCGAUGAGCUGGGUCUGCGCCGCGACGUGCAGCAGAUCUUCAUCAAGACGCCGAGAAAGAAACAGGUGAUGAUGUUCACUGCAACCCUCACUCCCGAGACUGCCAGCAUCUGUAAAAAGUUCAUGACCGAACCGCACGAGAUCACCGUCGAGUCACAGUCCAAGCUCACGCUGCAUGGCCUACUGCAGUAUUAUGUGCAGCUAGAAGAGAAGCAGAAAAACAAAAAACUUAUUGACAUGCUUGACAACUUGGAAUUCAACCAGGUUGUGAUUUUUGUCAAGUCAGUCAAGCGCGCCCUGGCACUCGAUGGCUUGCUAAAUGAGUGCAACUUUCCAUCGAUGACCUUGCACCCAGAAUCCGAUAGGCUCUCCUCGGAUCCUCCCCGAAGCAAGAGGGGGAAAGGGAAUGGUAAGAGAGGGAAAGGCAAUGGUGAAGUGGCAGUCGACGUCCGUCUGGAUAAAUUGCAGGCGUUCAAGGAUUUCAAGAAACGCAUUCUUGUUUCUACCGACCUUUUCGGACGUGGCAUGGAUGUCGAGCGAGUGAACAUCGUCAUCAACUACGAUAUGCCCGAGACAAGCGACGCUUACCUCCAUCGCGUUGGGCGUGCAGGCAGAUUUGGCACGAAGGGCUUAGCCGUGACAUUCUCGUCUACGCAAGAGGACACCAAGGUGUUGAAAAGCGUUCAAGAGCGAUUCGAAGUGAGCAUUCCAGAGAUGCCCGACAAGGUGGACACCACAUCCUACCUGAACGCGUGA